AUGAACGGCAAGCAGCAGAAGAUGGUAUGGUGCUGCGGCUGCUGGGUGCGCGCCUACCACCCCAGCAGGUGUCUGCCGCCCUCCGCGGUCGUCGUCGAUGUGGAGUUGGCUGCCGGGCGCUCCUCCUGGGCCGGCGGCAGCGGGGGCGGGAGCCGGCAGCGGUACGUGUUGUGCCCUUGGUGCCGCGCGGCGGUGGCAGAGGGGUGGCGGCCGGACGACAAUUGGGCGGCGGGGUACAGGCUGGUGCUGCCGCCGGGGGUCGAGGGCGGCAGCGGGGCGGUGCAGCGGCUGGAACAACACCAGCAGGAGCAGCAGGAACAGCAGGAGCAGCAGGAGCAGCAGCAGCAGCAGCAGCAGCAGCAGCAGCAGCAGCAGCGGGAGCAUCAGGAAGAGGAUGCGGAGAGAAGGGUGGAACAGCCGCGGCAGGGUGCGCACGCCCUUGGGGCGCUGCGAGCAGCCGAGGGCGGCGCAGCAGAGGCAGUCGAAGGGGAACAGGGGCAUGACGGGCAGGAAUCACCGCGGCCGCCUCAGCAGGAGCAGCUGCGUCAGGGGAAGCAGCAGGCCGGCAUCAGCGCAGGCGGCAGCCGCGGCUCUAAGCGCACCUCUCCCAGGCAGGAUGGCGGUGGCGGCUCGGGCACGGGCGCGGGCGUGGGCGCGGGCGUGCCCCGAGGGUCCCACUGCUGCAGUGCGGCCGAGGCGAGCAGCACAGCCGUGGUCGGCGCGGAGGCGGCAGACCCACCCAAACUGCAGGCAGACACAGAGCAGGGGCGCCAUGGUGCUGGGGCCGGAGGGCAGGGUGCCAGACAUGAGGACGAGGAGGAGGCGGGUGGCGGCCAGCAGAAGCGAAGGCGCCUGCGGCGGGUGCCGCCGCAACCCUCCACCGACAGCGACACACGCGCCAACGCCAACGGCGGCGGCACCGCUUCCGACACGCCCAGGCCCUCGCUGAGCGACGGCGCCGCCAACGGGAGCGGCGACAGCAGCGGCGGCGGCACGCCAGCCUGCGGGCUCCGGCGGCGGCGGCGCUUGGGGCGCGGGCCCGCGUGCAGCGGCAAGCACAGUGCGGCCACGUCCGAGCUCAUCGACCUGACCCUCUCCAGUGAUGAGGACCAGCGGGCGCCCAGCGGUGGCGGAGGCGGUGGCGGCGGCGCAUCUACAGUUGCCACCUGCGCGAAUUUGGGCCACGACGGCGGCGCGGCGGGCCCGGCCGGCUGUGCCGAACGCGGUGGCGGCGGCGGCCGGCUGGGGCCCGCUGUGGAGGAGGGUGCGGGGCGGCUGCUAGAUCUGGUCGGGUGCGGCCGUGGGGUGGAACGGGGGCGGGCGGCCCAGCAGCAGCAGCAGCAGCAGGAGCAGCGGCAGCAGCAGCAGCCGCGGCAGCAGCAGCAGCAGCAGCAGCAGCAGCAGCAGCAGCAGCAGCAGCAGCAGCAGCAGGAAGAGGAUGGCGGUGCGCGGCGGCACGAGGAAGAUGAGGCUGAUGGGAAGGAUGAUGAAGACGGGCAGCAGCAGCAGCAGCACGGCCUUGCCAAUGGCCUGGGGGGCGAGUUAGCUGGGCCGCUCAACAGUGCCGCGCGCGCCAACGGCCGGCAGGAACGCCCCACAGCCCCGUUUGACACCCAGCCGCAGCCGGCGCAGCGGCAGGGGCAGCAGCACGAGCAGGAGCAGGGUGCGGACGGGCCCGUGCUCGCGGGCGGUCGCGGCGGGCGCGACCUGUCGCCAGGUGCAUCAGCUUCCGCGGCUUUGCCGGCAUGA